UCCCUUCUAUUCCUACUCCUUCCCUUUAUAUUUAUUACUUCCUUAUCAGACAUCAACCUGUCUGAUCUAAAUCUCUCUCUCUCUCAAACAAACACUUCAAAAACUCGAAAGCAAGUACAGAAAGAACCAUGUUAAAACUACAAGUUAUAGUACCAGCACCGGGCAUGGAUUUCGACUUCAACGAGGCUCGAACUUCGCCAUUCUUGAGCGCUCCAUCUACACCGAAACGGUUUGGGGAUUGCACCUUCAGCACUCCAACUAGUCCUUCACAUGUGGCUGAGUUUUAUAGUUAUUUCGACAGCUUGAUCGAUAUCAAUGAAGAAAGAACCGGGUUUACUUUUCAUUGGGAUGAAAGGCCUGGCACACCUAAAUCACCACGGGCAACAGCCAACACCAAUAGUGAAGAUGAUUUUGCUUUUGAUUUCUGUGUCGAACUAGAAAAGACAUCACUCUCAGCGGAUGAACUUUUUGAUGGAGGCAAAAUCCGCCCCCUGAAGCCUCCGCCUAGAUUACAAGGCGAGGGUUUUACCCAGAGAAGCCCACUUUCCUCACCGAGAUCUUCGAUGCAGAAGGGGAAAAGGAUGAUACGUGAAGCAUUCUGGCCAGGAAAAAAGAAAGACUCAGAUCCAUUUGCAACUGCAGUUGAAAAUAGCCGAAAGAGAACAGAUCAAAAUGAAAGAGGAAGACAGGUAGAGAAAGUUUCAGGGUUAACAUCCAGUUCAAGCAUUGGAGCAUCAAGAUCACUGACUCUAUUUAGAGCAUCCGAAUAUACAUGGGAAGAAGAGAAACAGCUAGAUAAAAUCACCAACCAACCAGCAGAAAAUCCAAAAGCCUCAGUAUCAUCUAAUUCUUCUUCUUCUUCUUCUUCAAGGAGUUCUUCAAGGAAGUGGAGGCUGAGAGAUUUUCUGUUAUUUAGAAGCGCAUCUGAGGGAUAUGCGCAUGACAAGGAUCAUCUCAGGAAGUACUCAGGUUUGUUCAAAAAACAUGAAGAUGGCAAAGAACCGAGCUUCUUGUCCACCGACAGUUCUGGUUCAGCGUCUUCAAGGAGAAAAGUUCCAGUGUCGGCACAUGAGUUACAUUACACAGUGAAUAAAGCAGCAUCUGAGAAUUUGAAGAAGAAGACUUUCUUGCCGUACAAACAAGGUUUUUUUGGGAGAUUGGCCUUCAACCCAGCCCCUCAUGCCCCCGGCAACGGCUUUGCAACCUCUACGCGUUAAUCAAAAGUUGAUACUUCUUCUCCUGGAGUAAAGCUUUCCUUUAGUUGUUAAUAUAGCUCAUCAAUGAAAGUUCCUGCUGAAUUCUGAUCGGUCUCUCAUUGAUAACCUAGUGCCAUAUCAAUUCUUUGUUUUUCUUUCGAUUCUUUACAAUUGUAAUAAAAGCAUGAUUUCAAAUAUUGGAACUACAGCGUACACGAUCAAAA